AUGAGAUUGGCCGUGUAUGCUGGGGCCUCAGCCGCCCUGGCCACUGGCGUCUUCCUAAAAGCGCUGCAUCAGAGAGCUAACUUCUAUGCUGCAUGCGUAUACCUCUCGCAGAGCAGUGCAAAUCUCAUGAUUUUGAUGAACAUUAGCCUGUUAGCGGUCGGGUUCUUUUUAUUCUGGCUUCAGCGUCUCCUCUACGGACCCCUUCGACCCAUCGAAACGGAACAGCUCUACGAGAAAGCAUGGUUCGCCGUAACAGAGACAUGCUUGGCAAUGACGAUUUUCAGAGGAGAGUUAGGCGGUUGGUUUCUAGUCAUGUUCGUGUCAUUGCUGGUUGGAAAGGUCUGGGGCUGGAUCGGCGAGGGUCGGGUCGAGUUUCUUGAGCAACAACCCCCAGCGAAUCCGCGAUUGUUCCACAUCCGACUUGCAGCCUCGCUGCUCCUUUCAGUUCUCUUCAACUCGCUCAUGCUGAGAUACUGCGUCCUUACCGUUCUCGAACAGGCACGGCCCGAUAUGAUGGUCAUGUUCGGCUUCGAAUUCGCCGUUCUUACCAUCCUCUCCAGCUCGACUGCCGCCCGCUACGUCAUUUCAUUGGUCGAGAUCUACAUUACCCAUGUCCAGAUGAAGGCUAAAAUCGAGGAGCGCCAAAAGGGCCGCUGGAUCUUCUACCUCGACCUGCUUACCGACUUCCUCAAGCUCACCGUAUAUCUCACCUUUUUCGCCAUCCUAUUUACAUUCUACGGUCUUCCAUUACAUAUUCUGCGCGACGUCGUCGUUACUAUUCGGUCUUUCGGACGGCGCAUCAUGGAUUUCGUGCGCUACCGCAACGCUACUCGCGACAUGAACGAACGCUAUCCCGAUGCCACCGCCGAGGAAGUUGCCCGUGAGGAGGUUUGUAUCAUUUGUCGCGAAGAAAUGACCCAUUGGCACCAGCCGGCGGGCGCGCAACAGCGCAACCGGGUCUCUGAGCGGUUGCGCCCAAAGAAACUGCCUUGUGGUCACAUUCUACACUUCGCCUGUCUUCGGAGCUGGCUUGAGAGACAACAGAACUGCCCCACCUGUCGACGGCCAGUUAUUGCGCCACCUCGGGCCCGGGGGGCUGGCGACGGUGGUAACCAGAACAAUGCUGGUGCACAAAACAUGGCAGCUGGCAACCAAGCUAGAGAUGGACAAGCAGACGGACUACCCAGAGCGCGUGUUUACCAAUUCGGGCCUUUCAGAGUCGGUUUCGGCGCGGGCAGGGGUGACCUCUUCCACAAUCUUCACCAGCAGAUCCAUCAAGGCAAUGCGCCCGUGCCACAGGCCAACAACGUCAAUGCCCCGAAUGCCAGGCAGAUUGGCUUCGGGUUCGGAUUCGGACGGCCUCUUCCAGUGCCAGCCCCGCACGCUGCCCCCAACCCUGCCUCGAACGUGGCCAACAUGCAAACCCAAUUGCAGCAGAUGGAGCAACAGAUUGUCCAGGAAAUCGAAACGCUGCGUGUCACUGCCGACCAGCUUCAUCUGGUGCGGUUACUGCAGACGGAACUCCAGCGGCUUCGCAAUCUCCAGGCUAAUCCCACUACCCCACAAAAUAUCGCGUUCCAGAACUCUCCGGCCGUUUCGUCCUCGACUUCUUCUGUUACUAUGCGCCGUCAGUUCAUCUCGGACCCACAGAUGCCCGCCAUGAAUGCCGGAGAUAGCCGACUUCCCGAGGGUCUGAGCCUCCCUGCAGGAUGGUCUCUCAUCCCCCUUCACUCCCCGGAGCAGGGUACCAGUCAACCAACAGAACCACGUGCCACCUCUACUGUUCCUGAAACUGAAACAACUCAAACGUCUGACCCUACAUCAGACUCUCAGGUCCCUCCCCCGACAGCAACUGUUCCAGCUGCCAGUCAAGACAGUGAGCCUGCGGCUGCCACCGAGCCCUCCACGUCCCAGGAUUUGCCUAACUGGCAAUCGGGAGCAACAUCGACUGCUACUGGAUCGGGCGUGGAAUCACUCUCCCAACAGUGGACUGAUUUAGCGCCCGAGACCCAGAUGGACGGCGAGAGCACUACCGCCGACGGCAUUGACGGCGCGAGUCACGCCGAGGAAUCGGACUCGGGCUCGAAGGGGAAAGCACGGGUAGCAACGGUGGAAGAUGUAGUUGAUGAUGAAACGUGA